UCCGGCCUCCGCUGCGCGUCGCCUCAGCCAUGGUCUCCCUCCGCUUCACCGCCGCCACCUUCCCCCACCUGCCCCCUCCCCCGCCUCCCCACCGCACCGCCAUCGCCGCCGCAAUUGCCGCCGCAGCCGCAGCCGCAGCCGCAGCCAGCUUCACCCUCACUGCCAAAUCCGCCGGCCGGCCGCUCCCGCACCCGGCGCACUCCGCACCCCUUUGGGCUUCCCUCUCGCUUUCCGAUGGCGGCGUCCCCGGCAACGUCGAGCCCCGCACCGGCGCCGCAUUCCCCGCCGAGGCAGCCGGCGGGCGCCGCCUCCUCGGCGUCGGCCUCCGCAAGACUACCAUCCUCGGCCUCAAGUCCAUCGACGUCUACGCGUUCGGGGUGUAUGCGGAUGACAACGACCUGAGGCAGCUGAGGGAGAAGUACGAAAAGCUCCCAGUCUCUGAACUGAAGCAAAAUGCUGAGCUGAUCAACGAUGCGCUAGAGCGCGACAUACGCAUGACCAUUAGGCUUCAGAUAGUUUACGGGAGGCUGAGCAUUGGCUCGGUUCGAAGCGCUUUUGAGAAGAGCGUGGGAAGCAGGCUUCAGAAGUUUGGUGGAUCAGACACCAAAGAGUUGCUUCAGAGCUUUGUUUCACUUUUCAAGGAUGAAUACAAAUUACCAAAAGGGUCUGUAAUUGAGCUUUCAAGGGAAUCAAACCAUGUUCUUAAAAUAAGCAUCGAAGGAGAAGAAGUGGGGAGUAUCCAGAACAAGCUGUUGUGCCAAUCUAUUCUAGAUCUUUACAUUGGAGAUGACCCAUUCGACAGAAGUGCAAAAGACAACAUCCAAGGGAAUUUAGCUAGCAUCCUUAAAGCUUAGGAGUGCUUGACAACUACCUUUUUAAAAGAACUUGUCAAUUUUAGUUCCAAGAGCACUCUUACGUCUGUUCAAAUACCUGCCACCUGAAUGAUCUCCUAGCGUUAACUUCCUUUUGACAAAAGAGAAUAAAAGCGACAGCUUGCAUUUUCAUCUGGCAUGACUUCUCGUGAGUGGCUAGAAAUGGCCUAACUCAUUUGUGCAAUCACAUAUAUACCCUGACCACCGACUGUAAGAUAAGCUAUAGAAUUUUCUUGCACGCUUGUGGGGUUGAUAUUACUGUGUAAUGAUAUAUACUGAAAAUUGCUUUAUAGCA